AAACAGCUGCAUUGAAGAGAUGUGGAUGAAGUGAUCAUUUGCUCCGCAAGUUUCACAUCCUCAAAUCUGGCACAAAAGGUAAACCACAGAGAUGGCUAGUGAGAAGCAAUGUACAGAAAUUCCUAUGAUUAUGUAUGAACCGUACCGAGAGCGCUAUGUACAAGAACCCUCUGCACCAGAAUACUGCGGGCAAGAGGGAGGUUAUGAAUAUCCUUCUCCACCACCUUACUCCUACCGAGAAACAGUCAACCUUGAGCAACCAGUUUACUUGGUGUCUCAGCCUCCAAUCAUUGUAGCUGGGAUUUUCUCAAGCAAACCAACAUCCACCAUAUGCCCUUCCUGCCGCCAGCACAUUACCACACAAGUCACUUACAGAGUGGGCAGACUGUCUUAUCUUCUAUGCACCAGCUUAUGUAUGGUUGGGUGCUGUUUUGGAUGCUGCUUUGUACCUCUGUUCAUGAGGGUCUUCAAGGAUGCAGACCAUUACUGCCCAUUUUGCAAAUUUCGUAUUUAUAGAUACAAAAGACUAUAAGAACAAAGUUUAUACAACCGUAUGAUACCACGUCUCUCUGUUUCCUAACAGUGUAAGAUUUCACAGGUAAAAAUACUGCUAGGAAACAUACAGAAGUAGGCUUAAAUACAAAAACUUCCUCACUGACCAAUCCAUCUGAAUUCAU